AUGUUCGAGACCCGAAUCGACAUUCUGUGUCCUGCCCAAUCUGCCGUUGCCAAUGGCAACCCGUCGACAGACGACAAGAUCAAAGACCUGACAACCAAUGCCAGAGAUUAUAUCGACAAGAUGAAAGACCUGACAAUCCCUGCUCAUGACUAUAUCGACAAGCUCGUGUUGACUCUUAAUGAGAGAGCAUCGCUACUCGUGAAAGCUGAACGACUCGAUCUAGCCAUGCAGGACGCGAUCGCUAUGACACAACUAGCACCUUCUUCGGCAUACGGCUAUCUCUUGGCGAGCUCUAUUCAUUCCCUUCGUGGACACUACACGUCAGCUAUCACGAUUUAUGAUACAGCAUUGGAACAUGUACCCAGCACGAGUCCUCGACGUCAACUACUUGUGAGAGCACGUGCAGCAGCAAUCAACAAGGUGAACAAGGGUAUUGAUUUCGUCAGCAAGCUGCCAUUGGAGAUAGUAGUCGACAACAUUGUUCCCAGGAUAUUGUGUGGACGAACGAUAGUCAAACUUGGAAAACGAUGGAGUUAUUUUGAUGUGUGUCGUACAUGGCGACAAAGGAUGGCGAUGAUGCAUGGCUUGGAAUUUGAAGCUGGAGAUGAAGCUUUACCAAAGGAUGGCUAUCAACGCGUAUCCCAUUUGGCACCCUUUAUAAGGGCAUUGACAGUCGCACAACCUGGAAAUGAAAUGUUGUCCAAAAUCAUCAGCCGUGGGAGAUUCGAAUCAUUGAGGCAAUUGACAAUCUAUCAAUGUAUUUCACAUGGACCAGAGUUUUUAUUUUCAGCUUUACACACAGUAGCCAGCACAUUGACUGAUCUGCGUAUUGAAUACGGGCACUACCGAUCACCAACGCGAGCCUUUUUCCGCCUAUGCGAUCUUUUGGAUGCAUGCCCCAACCUUGUAUCAAUACAUGUGGAGGCUUGUGAUAUUGACAUGACCUCUGUUACCAAGACCUAUCCCAAGCUUACCACGUUGGACGUGUCACAACCCAAAAAGAGCACUAGAGUAGACCAAGGCAGCAUUUCAUCUCUCCUAAAACCCUUUCCUCAACUACGUGCUUUGAAGUUGUUUCCUGUAUCAGGAUCAGAUAUCUUGCCAGCGAUCGACCAACAUUGCCGAUUAUUACAGCACCUCAUCUUAUCCAGGCCCUCGUUCCAUCAACCUCACUUUCAACCCAUGCAACAUGAUACCGGGAUACGCGUAUUGUGCAUUCCAACUUCCAGCAGUUCCGGCACCUACAAAGAGGAUGAUGUCAUCCGGUAUAUGAUGAAUCACAGCAAAACGAUUGAGAUCUUGGACUUCGAAUAUGGAAAAGGAUUUAAUACAAUUGGAGGGAUGCUGCUAGACCAAGUCGUCAUUCAACAAGUGACAUUCAACAAAUUGCGUGAGAUCCGGUACCCUGCCAACGUCAAUCCCAGGUUUAUCUCAUUUGUUUUGUGGGUGAUACAACAUGCGCCGCAAUUGGAAUCUGUGGAGACCGUAGCUGGUCCUGCUCAAGAACGUGUCUUUGAAGAGCUUAUGAAGCCCACACACCCGCAUCUCAAAAGGGUUGGUAUGAAAUCGGACCGUAUAGGAUGUGAUGGCGAAAAGGAGUUUAUGCAACAUCACGUGGACAUUGGCAAUCGAUCGAAGCUUCAAGAGAUCAAAGUCAUUCUUUCACAUCGCUCACCAUGGCUUUCGUAUCUUCCGAAAUUAUCCCAGCUUUCCAGCCUUGAAUUAUGUCCCGAUACAAAGAAUGUCUUCCCAAUCCUAGUGAAGUUUAUUGAAGACCUUAAGGAUGGAUGCCCAGCUCUCGAACAGCUCACAUUCACAAGCCAUCUCAAAAGUAUGGUCACUUAUGAAGACCUUAUCCCAAUGCGCGUGCAUCACAAUCUUAAACGAAUCAUUAUCACUGCGGCUGAAAUGAAAGGGGGUGGCGCAUCUUCGUUUUCAACUGACGUUACAACCCUUGAAUCAUUACAUCUCAACCUUUAUCAAUUUGUGGAGUCCGAUAUUGCUGCUUUAGAAAAAGGAUCCUUCAAGGUAAUAUGUACGCAAAGGAAGUGUCCUGCCGGCUUUCAUUUGGGACAAUCACGGUCGAGAAGAUUUAGUGGCUUUCCUAUAUAA